CGACCGCUGUGGCCGGUCGGGACUGGCCACAGCGGACCGUCCACCGCACGCAGCCGUGACGUCAGAGCCGCCUACCCAUCCCCUACCCCCACGCCUGCUGGACGCACCGCACACACCGCACGCAGCAGUGUGCGGUGCCCGUGAACACCCCUCAGUUGAACAGUGUAUGUGUCAAUCAACUUCUCUUACAAGGGUGGCUUAAUGUUGAUAUGCUUUUAUGAUCAAUGAUCAAGAUAGCACCCAUCAUACAAUAGUGCCACUCAUGCUAGUGUGUAGGACAUACGCUUUACAAGCCUGUGCCCUGUGGCUGUACUACUGGCUCAGGCUGAGGUCACGAUGGCCAGCUUCGCCGUGGGCUCGGUGGUGCGCCGUUGCGGGCGGCUGGCCGGCGGCGCGGCGCGUCUCAGCACCUCGGCGCGCGCGCUCGGUGGCGACGGCAUGCCGGCCAUCAUCGAGCGUCACGGCAAGCGUGAGGUGAUCGGCUACGGGUACAACGGGCAGCCCAACUACAUUGACCGCGUCGACUACCCGAUCCCGGCCGUCCGCUUCAAGGAGGAGACGCCCCAGAUCAAGGCGCUGCGUGAGAAGGAGAAGGGCGACUGGAAGAACCUCACCAAGGAGGAGGUGCAGGAGCUGUACCGCGCCACCUUCUGUCGCACGUUCGCCGAGAUACAGGCGCCCACCGGCGAGUGGAAGCUGGCGCUCGGCGGCACCCUGAUCGCCUGCUCGCUAGCCAUCUGGGUCUACAUCUGGAUGAAGCUCUUCGUGUACGACAAGAUGCCCGCCACCAUCACCGACCCGCAGCGCGUCGAGGCGCAGGUGCAGCGCAUGAUCGACCUGCGCAUGAACCCGGUCCAGGGCGUGGCCUCCAACUGGGACUACGAGAAGGGACAGUGGAAGAACUAGACGCCCGGAGGGGGCGGCACGGGUGGCCUCCGGGCGAUGGCUGUGAUAGGACGACGGGUAGCGGAGGAGCGGGAGGGCUCGCCCGGAGCGGAGCGGCGAGGUAUGUAGUUUGUAGCCAAGAGCCCGCCCGGUCCCAGACCGGCGAGGCCUGUAGUUGAUGGUACUUAAUCAGAUUCCCUUUGAGCCUUUUUCAGACAGGGUGUUUGCGGCUGUGCAUCGCUUGGUGGAAGCGCGGGGGCUGUGAAGCGUCUGAGACGAGUGGGGCAAGAAGGCGCCCAGUAUUUUGCUACUUAAAAGCUUUCGAAAAUACAUUUGAUCCAAGAUCGCA